AUGGAGGGCCAAACAGGCACCGUCAAGGCCUGGGUCGAGGAGCGGGGCAUGGGCUUCAUCGCCCCCACGGACGGCUCGGCGGACGUCUUCGUGCACCGCAGCGCGCUGGUGGACGGCACGUCUCUGGUGGUGGGCUCUGAGGUGAUCUUUGAACCCGGCUGGGACCCCCAGAAGAACAAGCCCAUCGCCACCAAGUGCGGCGGCGCCAUGAGCCUCGCCGACUCCCUCCCCGGCGCCGGCGGCCUGGAGAAUGGGAAGCAGGGCACGGUGACCGCCUGGAUCGAGGGCCGGGGCAUGGGCUUCAUUGCCCCGGCGGACGGCUCGGAGGACGUCUUCGUGCACCGCAGCGCCAUCUUGGAUGGGACCUUUUUGGUCCCCGGCGCCCAGGUGAACUUCGAGCCGAGCUGGGACACCCAGAAGAACAAGCCCGUGGCCAAGGCCGUGAUGGCGGCUCCGGCAGUGAUCCCCAACGGCAAGCCCGGCGUGGUCAAGGCCUGGAUCGAGGGCCGGGGCAUGGGCUUCAUCGCGCCGGCGGACGGCUCCGCGGACGUCUUCGUGCACCGCAGCAAGCUGCUGGACGGCCAGAGCUUGGUGCUGGGAUCCAAGGUGAGCUUCGAACCUGGCUUCGACCCUGAGAAGGGGAAGCCAGUCGCCGAGGCGGUUGCGGGAGCUGUGCCAGGUCCGGACGCGGCUCCCAAGGGCCUGGUGAAGGGCGGCGGCAAGGGAAUUCAGCAGCAGCCGGGCCAGGUGAGCGGCGCGCUGAAGGUGUGGUUUGAGGACAAGGGCUUCGGUUUCAUCACCUUGGCCGGUGGCAUGGGCGACGCCUUCGUGGGCCGUACCGCCAUGCCCCCGGGCCUCAUGAUGCAAGAGGGUAUGCCGCUCAGCUGCACCGUGGAGUGGAAUCCGGGGAAGGACAAGUACACGGCAAUCCAGGUGCAGCCGCAGGUUGGCAAAGGAGGAGGCAAGGGCAGCGCAGGCCCGUCGGACAACUGCUAUAUCUCCGGGCUGCCGGCCAUUGACGAGAAGAGUCUGGCAGAGCUCUUUGGCGCCUAUGGCAAUGUUGUGAGCUGCAAGGUGCUGCCCGCGCAAAGCGGGCAGACACGGAACGCCUUGGUCCGCUUCUCCUCGGUGGAGGAGGCGAAAUGGAUCGUGGACACGGUGACCAGCGAUCACCUGGGCCUCCCGAGUCCCAUCACGGUGAAGUUUGCCACCAGCAAGACGCCGGCGCGGUCAGCUCCCAUCGCGCCCACGGUGGUGCCGCCGCCCCGCCCGGGCGCCGCGGCGGCGCUGGGGUUGCAGGUGCAAGCGGCAAAGAUGGGUACGGUGAAAGCUGUGAUGGGCCAAGGCUUGAUGGUCAGCCCCAGUGAGGGGGGCAUUGACGUCUACGUGCCACGGGCGCUGCUUUUGGACGGUGAUGCGCAGGUCGGCGGCAUGGUGUCCUUUAGCUUGCAAGCGACGCCGACGCCGACGCCGGCCUAUGGCAAAGCACCCACCGGCCCUGCGGUCAACCGGGCGGCACCGUACGGCAGCUUCAACUUGCAGCAGGCAAGCGGCCCGCAGAAUGGCACCGUCAAGGCGUGGAUGGAGCACCGGGGCAUGGGCUUCAUUGCGCCCAGUGAUGGGAGCCAAGACCUCUUCGUGCAUCGAAGCUCUCUUCAAGAUGGAGGAGCUCUGGUGGUCGGCUCUCCGGUGACCUUCACGGCAGAGUUGGACCCGCAGAAGGGUAAGCCGAUUGCCACGAACGUCUUCGGUGCUGUUCAGCAACAACAGCAGUAA